GGAUUCUUCCUCGUUGUCAUGGAUACGAGUAAAGCUACACGGACAUGGCGAGGCUGGUGAAGUUGUACGAGCAGAUAGAGCACAUUAAAGAGCAGUAUUUUAUCAGAAACAGAAAUGCUGAAGAAAACAGAGAGCAUGAAAAUGCUGCAGCAGUCAAAAUUCAAAGCUGGUUUCGAGGCUGUCAGGUACGCCUCUACCUCAGCUAUCUACACCGGAAUGCGACUGUAAUACAGAAAACAUGGCGGGCUUUCAGCGCACGCCAGUACUUUAGGCAAAGGGUAAAGACAGCAUAUUUUCUCAUGAAGAUGAAUUUCUACAAUAAGAUGGCUGUCAAGAUACAACAGAGAUGGAGAGGUUACUACGUAAGGAAGUAUGUUCACAAUUACUAUGCACGGAAGAGGUAUCUGGAAGCCUUGACAAAGAAGAACGCACAAGUGAGGAGAGAACUAGAGGAAAUAGCAGAGCACCAGAAAAAAGAAAGAGAGCGCAUUGCCAUUGAGAGAGAGGAGCAGGAGAAAUAUAUGCAAGCUCAACGACUUCACUUCCUCCUCAGCACUAAACAGCGCCCAGGUGUGUUCAACUCUCCAUUCCGCCCAGAGCCUGAUGAGAUGGAGCUGAGGUUAAGGACAGUAAAACCUUUACGGACAAGAUCUGCUCCCAAAGAAACAGCAACCAACCAGCAGCCAUCUGGCUUCUUGUCUAGCAUAGAGAGACUACCACCAAUACAUAAGACACCACAGGGGCCUUUCAGGCCAGCUGCAGAGGUUCAGCGGCAGCGCCAGAGGCCCCUGGAGCCGAGUCUGCGCGUGGCCACAUCCAUCACGGCCCUGGAGGAGGCCAGAGAGGAGCUGCGGCAGCGCGAAUGGAGGACUCGCCUCAUCGACCAGCCGUUUCUGCCUUUCUCAAAAACCCACCGAAACAAAGAAUAUGAGCCUCUUCUCCACACACAUUCUCCAUAUCAACAGAAAGCGUACGGAGCCAAGCACUUCCGAGAGGAGAACAGGGCCCAACUACAACGGAAACAGCCAUUCAAGACAGUCUUCACAACCUGCCACGUCUUUGACAAGUUUGGACAACUAUACUCCAAUGCUGGGAAAAUUGUUUAGCAGAGUAAAUCAAUUAAAUAAAAUAUGCAUCAUGGGUUUUUUUUCAUGUGUAUAUAUAUAUAUAUAUAGGAUCUCAGGAUAGCCAUGUUAUGAACCCUGUUAUUUACUAUAUAUAUUUUGGCACUAUUCCUGUAAUUAGGUUAUGUUCAUUAUUUCUCUGUGAUUUUUGAGGGUAUUUUACAACAAACAUUUUUCAAAAGUUAUGUGAUUAUUAGGAUUAUACUAAUUAUACUAAUUACAUGUAUAAAUAAUAAUACAUAUUAUAUUUACCUAGGUAUUUCUAGUGUAUUUUUAUUUCAACGAAUGGAAGAAAUGCUUCUAGUAAUAUUGCAUUUAGUGGCAUGCAGUGUGAUUGUUGACUUGACAGCUGUCCAUCAGCAGACACAUGGCAAGAGGUGGCUACUUUAGUGCAUGCGUCCAAUUUUACCUCGUCCUGGAGACAAGGCCACUUUCCCAUGCAUUUUCCACUGAGCAAAAAACGUCUUUAAUUUCACUGAGUGGGAGAAAGGCGAAGUCGGCCAAGUGAGGCUUCUCCUACAGAGAUUUAAUUUCCACAAAUAAUUCUGAGUGCUUUGUUCUGUUGUGGUAGUAUGUGUGUUUGUGUGUGUAUGUGUGUGUACGCAUGUGGUGUGUGUCUAGGUGAAGCCUGCAGGCGACCAUCACCACCACCCCUGCUGAUGAAUCAGUGGCAGAAGCGGUGAUAAUUUGCAGAUGCACAAGCUAUCUCUUUGAUUGCUUUCAGUCUACGGUAGUCCAUCACUUCACAAUAACUCAAGCCGCUGCUGACUCCUUUCUUAAAAAAUGCUGCUUUCCCAUCAGAGUGAUACGCCGCUUUCCAUCAGGCCGAUUAGAAAAAAAAGCCCUGGCGACUUACUCUGAUUGCUCACUCUUUUCAUACCAAGUUUGAUAAUCCAUGCAAGACCCACGUCAGUGGAAGCAAGGGCAGGGGAUUGUGGGAAAGGCCGUUUUCGAAUGAUUCAUGAAAUGUGACCGAUAAUUAUUCAGCAAAAGGGUUCACACGAGAACAUUCUUCACAUCCCAACCAUGGUGUAUUCCCGCUCAGUGUUCCUGGGAUCGGCUCCAGGUUCACUGCGACCCUGACCAGGAUAAAGCAGUUACUGAAUAUGAAUGAAUUCAUUUUACUCUGACUUAAGAAAGAUCUCACAUUCACCAGAACUAUAUUUUAGACUAAAGGUCACAGUGCACAAAAUGUUUCAGACAGCCAGUUCAUCACUACUCAUAUGUUACUACUAUACUUCUCAGUUGGCCACUACACUUCUUGGUUAAUCCACUAUACUUCUCAGUUAAUCCACCAUACUAUAGUUACCCAACUAUAUUUCUCAGUUAGCCCACUAUAUUUCUCAGUUAGCCCACUACAUCGUGAGCCCACUAUACUUCCCAGUUAAUCCACUACACUUCCAUGGUUGGCCCGCUAUAUUUCUCAGUUAGCCCAAUAUAAUUCUCAGUUAAUCCACUAUACUUCCCAGUGAGCCCAGUAUACUUUCUCGGUUAGCCUACUAUACUUCUCAAUUAGCCCACUACACUUCUCAGUUAAUCCCCCAUACUUCUCAUUGAGUCCACUAUACUUUCUCGGUUAGCAUGCUAUACUUUUCAGUUAGCCCACUAUACCUCUCAGUUAGCCAACUAUAUAUUCUCAGUUAGCCAACUAUACUUCUCAGUUAGUCCACUGUACUUCUUAGUAGAGCCACUAUACUUUGUCAGUCAGCCCACUAUAGUUUCUCAGUUAAUCCAUUAUACUUCUCAGUGAGCCUACUAUACUUCUCAGUUAGUCCACUAUACUUCAUGGUUAGCCCACUAUAUUUCUCAGUUAAUCCACUAUACUUCUCAGUGAGCCCAUUGUACUUCUCAGUUAGCCCACUAUACUUCAUGGUUAUCUGACUAGAUUUUCUCAGUUAGCCCACUAUAUUUUCUCAGUUAGCCCACUAUACUUCUUUGCUAGCCUACUGUACUUAUUAGUUAAUCCACUAUACUUCUCACUGAGCCCACUAUACUUUCUCAGUUAGCCCACUUUACUUCUCAGUCAGUCCAGUGUACUUCUUGUCCACUAGCCCACUCUAUUUUUCAGAUACUCCACUACUCAGUUAGUUCCCUAUACUUCACAGUGAGCACACUAUACAUCUCAGUGAGCCCUCUAUACUUCUCAGUUACUCCACUACUCAGUUAGUUCACCAUUCUUCUCAGGUUAGCCCACUAUACUUCCCAGUUAGCUCACUAUAAUUCUCAGUUAGUUCACGGUACUUCUCACUUUGUCCGCUAUACUUUUCAGAGUUUCUCCUUUAUGUGAUAAUGAUCUCUUAUUGUCUCUUAAAACAUCUUAUUGCUUCUGCAUCGAUGUCCUUAUUAGGCAGGAGCAAUAUAAAUAAGUCUCACAGUCAAGCCCUGCAGUGUGUUCUUCACAGAGCGUGUGUUGGGUUUGGCUGCAGCUUGAGUGUGGAUUUGAGCCAAUGCGUGCGGUGAAAAGUUGCUGCAGUGACGGCAGGAGGUCCUCUGCCAGUCUGACGGCCAUAUGCAGUGAUAAAAUGCUCUAAUGAGUGAAGACAGGUACAAGAAAUAUUGAAGAUUAGUUUAGCUUUAAAAUCAGAUCCCCUUUAUUGUCAUAUGGAUAGUAAAGUCAUUAGGGGAGUAAUAAUACUAGAUAUUUCAAAUUAUCUGGAUGACUGAAAACCAGUGACAUAUGAGUCACAGGGCACUGCUUAAACUAUGAAAAUACUGGGCAUUGUGUUAAGCUCAACAUGGCGGCUGUUUUGUGUAAGUCCAAACCACUAAAUCAGAUUUCUAUCUGGCCUAUCAGAUUCUUCGAUACAUGGUAAGAUUCAAUACAUUCAAUACAACACCAUUUCAAAUGUAAUCUUUUUGAUCUGUUUCUGAUGUAUGAGGUUCUUCUCAUUCAAGGAAAUAGGAGCCUGAUCUUGAAUGACUGAAAAUACCUGCUCAUUGCCAAGAUGGCUGCCAGGUGGACAGACUUUACUAGAAGCACUUCCCUGAAAAACCUCAUAGAAAAUGGCAUAAAGAUUUGUGCAUAUAUACAUUUUCAGAUGUUUUCCAUGACUUAAAAAUCCCCAAAAAUCUGACUUAAGAUCCUAAAUCAAAAGAUCCUGAAUUAAUUCUGACUCAACAAAAUUCUUCUAUAAGCACAAAAUACAUAUAUAUGGUGAUUAGUCAUCUGGACUGACACUAUGCACCACAAAUUUAGCUAUUAGAUUUUUAUUAGAAAUUAAUGAUUGCAGUUAUUACAAACAACACUUAAAACCGAUUUGAUUAUCAGCUUUGUGAAGAAUUACUGGGCAGACAUGAACAUUACUGUAUUAAUGUAUAUUGAUUGUAAUAGUUUCUUUGUUUUUUAUGCUUCAAACAUUUGAUCUUGAGGGUAAAAUGUUCUUUACGAAGAUUUAUCUUAACAUGGCUGAUUUUUAAAGAAAGUCCCAUAGGCUGAGCUUCAUACAGAAUAUAUUUGCAUUUAGGUAACAUUUUAAAAGUCCAGACAUAGCUCCUCCCACAUAGCAGUAAAGCUCACACUUUCUGGCUUCAUGAGCAGGACGGUGUGAGAAGUGCUGAUCGUGUGGGUCAGUGCAGUGCUGUUGGUCAGAGUGAUCAGUCAGUGAGGGGGUCUUCCUUCUCCUCCAAAACCCAGCUAACGGACUCGAGCACUGGGGAGAGGAGGUGGGUCGGAGGGCUGACAGUGAAGUGAUGGGCUGUCUGAGCUCACUGCUGGGUCACAGCAGGACAUGUCAGAGAAGCUGGCUUGCCUCCUACCUGUCUGUCUGCUCUGUCCAUCUUCUCUCCUCUCUAUGUGUGGACUAUACACACUCUCCUCUCUCCCAGACAGGGCAUACAAAAAUUAUACAUGGCUGAAGUCAUGUUAGUCAUACAUAUCUUUUAACCCAGACUAAAACACUCAGCAGCAAUAAACAAAGUUUAUUUACCAUAUCCGAUUCUGUGGAGAAAGUAGUAUGGGAAUAAGAUAGGUUUUUCAUUUCCAUUGUUCCACUCUGUGGUGUACUUUUAAAAAACUUUUUUUAAAAAGUGGUUUGUUUAAAACAAAUAAGGGUAGUCCUGAUUUUAACUAAUUGUCGUAAAAUUACUAAAAAAUUUCUUGUAAUAUUAAGUAAAUAAAUACAAAUUUUAUUAGAGUCUUAAAAAAAUUUAUACCAUUGUGUGAUGGUUUUCCCACCAGCCAUUGCAAGAUUUAUUUAAGAGUUAUUGUUAUUGUUAUAUUAAUGUUAUUAUUGAACAUAUCUUCAGUAGCUGCUUUAUCCUAGUUAGGGUCAUGGUGUAUUCUAUACCAGCAACACUGGGCACAAGGUGGGAGAAUUCACCCCAGAUGCGACACCAGUCCAUCACGGGGCACCAUACACACACAUGCAUUCACAGUAUGGGCAAUUUAGCAUAGCCAAUCCAGCUACCUGGACAGUGGGAAGAAACCAGAGAACUGGGCGGAAACCCACACGAACACAGGGAGAACAUGUGAAACUCCACGCAGACAGUAACCCGAGCGAGGAUGAAACCCUAGAGCUAUGAGGUGGUAAUUCUGCACACUGCAUGUAGUUAAAUCCUACGACAUGGCUAUUAAUAAAGGUUUACAUUUGGAUUCUAAUAUUUGGAAUAUAAGAAAAAGGUGCAGUUAUCCCGAGUUAUUAUUAGAAUAAACUGUGAGAUCGGGUCGUGUUUUUUUUUUUUUUUUAGGUUUGAGUUCUAAAGGGUUCUGUCAUCCUUGUAGAGGUAGAAUGAGUGCAUGUGAUGGCCA